UCUUGCUACCUUCUAACAUGACAGGCAGCUUCCAGGGAGAGAAAGUGGGCACACUAGGACCCAGCUUCAUGUUUGUAAGAAGUUCAUUUCCUCAGUAACAUCAAUCUACUAUGAAGCUCUGUCUUUGAAAGCUCCUACCUCCCAUAAUGCAUAGAACAUUAUAUUUCUAGUUCAGAAAAAUUGGGGAUUUGGAAACCUAGGACUCCAUCCUCUGUAUUUCUUGUAAACUGAGUUCCUGUAAUCUGGUCAGAUUGAAGCUUGAUUCCCAUGUUCCAGUGAUGGGGCAGAUGUCUUUAAAGGUUGAAUAUAUUUCAGGAAAAGUGUUUUUCACUACCUGUUCAGAUUUGCCCUCGAUGAAGAAGUUAAAGUCAGCGGAAAGACUGUUUUUGUUGAUUAAGAAGCAGCUUCCCAUUGCAGUCUCUUCUCUACACAAAGGAAGAAUGUUUAACGAGAUGCAAAGAUUUAUAAAUGAUGAUCCAGGAAGUUGGCUGGAGGCCAUUUCACUUUGGAGAAAACUUCUCAAACAUGAUCCAAAAAGAGAAAAAGUUUCUCAAAGGGAUGCUAACCCACUAAAACGGAAAGCAGGAGAAAAUGAAAUUAUCAUUGCUAAGAAAUUAAAAGUAGAGGAGAUACAAAUGGUUGCCGAGAGUCAUGGGGACAGCCAGCAGGACAAACCACUGCAAGGCUCACCAAAGCAAGGGGAAGCUGUCACUAGAACAGAGCUUCAAGAACAGAGAAGACUCCAUAGUGCCACGGAGAAGGCAGCUGAUGCUCAGAACCAGGACGACUUGACCUUCAGGGUUUCCUGUCGCUGCAGUGGGAAUAUCAGAAAGGUCAUCACUGGACAGGAGGCAGGAAGGGUGAUUGGGCUCGCUCUCAUGAGGCAGUUUGGAUGGAAAGCUGAUUUGAGGAAUCCAAAUUUAGAGAUCUUCUUGCACCUGAGUGAUGCUUACUCUGUGGUAGGAAUUCCUCUGCUCAGAGUUCCCUUAGCCAGCAGAACUUACAUCCAGACGGCUGGGCUGCGGUCAACCAUAGCGUGGGCCAUGGCAUCCAUUGCAGAGAUUAAGGCUGGAGCUCUGGUUUUAGAUCCAAUGUGUGGCCUCGGGACUAUACUUGUGGAAGCUGCUGAAGAGUGGCCAGAUGUAUUUUACAUGGGUGCUGAUGUGAGCGACACACAGUUACAUGGCGCAUGUGGCAAUCUGAAGGCCGCAGGCCUUGCAGACAGAAUUGAGUUACUUAAAGGCUCUGUUACAGAUUUACCACUGCCAUCACAAAGUAUGGAUGUUAUUAUUUCUGACAUUCCAUUUGGAAAAAAAUUUAAGUUAGGAAAAGACAUCAAAAGCAUUCUACAAGAAAUGGAAAGAGUGCUGCGUGUUGGUGGAGCCAUGGUCUUGUUGCUCAGUGAAGAUCACCACCGGCAUCUUACAGACUGUGGAGGCAGCAGCAUGCCCCUGACUUCCCAGGGCCACGUCACUGACCCUGAGAUGAAGAUGCUUUUGAAUCCUGACAGAACUGGUGCACCAGACACAGCAUCACCUUCACAAAAAGCAAGUAGCUUGCAGUGUCUGGGCAAGGUGUUGCCCUGUGGCUCAUUGGUACCAGUGGAGUCCUUCAAAGUUAGCCUUGGAAAAACAGAUGCACUCAUAUGUAAGUAUAAGAAGGCACACGCCUUAGGACUGUCCCCAGCUGGAUGCCAGGAGCCGGGUGCGCAUCCUGAGAUGGCAGCCAUGCAAGAGUCCCCUUGUCUCCAGGAUUCCUCAUAGAGCUCCAAGAACACAGCCUCUGUGGGUGGAAAUGGCCAAAAACACUCUUGUCAAAUAAGGCCUCCUGCUAUGUCCUCUCCAGUAUCCAGUUCUUGACGAAGAACAGCUGAUUAAGAUUUUGAAAAAAUUUGAUGUAAAAACUACUUCUUCCCAAAAGUCUAACUUUUAGAAAUGAGGAAACCUUUAUGUGUAACUUUUUUUAUAUAUUAAACUUGAUUUUUUUUAACCUA